AUGCCCAUCUUAGUUCUUCUGGCGAUGGACACCGCGAUGGCUUUCAGCCCGGGGGACACACGAACGGGAGUGGCCCAGCGGCGUCGGCGUCGGCGGCGGCGGGAAAAGCAAGAAACAAGGCCCGGACUUGUCUCGCCCGCCCGCCCGCUCGCCCGCAGCACCCCCUUCCCCCUUCUUAUCUCAAGCCACGAACGGCAAGCCUCGUCAGUCGUCACACGCCUCAUCGAAAAGAAGCGUGCGUCCCUUGGGUCUGUUGGUGUGUGUAUGUGUCUGUUCCUUCACGUGCCAGGGCGCUAG